AUGGCGGCGUUUCUCCGAUCAAUUUCAGGGGCUCAGGACACCGGCCUGACUUUGGUGGCCAUCGACAAAGAUAAACACAGCCAAUGUGCAGUCAAAUGGGCAGUUGAUAAUCUGAUUAGAACCUCCAACUGCAUCAUCCUCAUUCAUGUUAGAAACAAAAGCUUUUUACAUCCUCAAGAUGCUGGUGCAAUCCCCAAAGAAGGUCGCCCACCAACUGAAGCCGAGUUGCAACAAUUCUUUCUACCCUACCGAGGAUUCUGUGCACGAAAAGGGAUUACAGCCAAGGAAGUGAUCCUCCAUGACAUUGAUGUUCCAAGUGCACUUGUUCAUUAUAUUGUUCACAACUCCAUCUCCAAUAUUGUUGUAGGCGCUUCCAAUCGUAAUGCUCUAACAAGAAAAUUUAAAGACUUUGAUGUGCCAAGUAGCCUACUAAAAUAUGCACCGGAUACCUGUGCAGUAUAUGUUGUAUCGUCCAAAGGAAGACUUCACACUAAACGGGCUGCAACUCAACCUCAAACACCGAAAUGUGACGCAGAGCCUCCCAGAGAUAAUUCUUAUGACCACCAUCUCCAUCCUCAUACUCAUGAUGGACCGGACUCUGAAGACAUCAGCAGAUCACAAUUUAGUCAUGGAAGUUCAAGUUCAAAAACUACUUCCUCAGACAGAAUAUCUUUUGAUAGGCUCUCUGACUUUAAACCGAUAACUCCCCACAAAGUGCGACGGUCAUCAACAAAUUCACCAAUAUUAUCAGUUGACAGCCUUACAUCAGAAACUUCGUCCCAUCAACAUUCACGAUCAAGCAGCGAUUUUUCAGGGCCACUUAGCUUCCAAUCAAAUGGCUCAGAUAACAAUGAGGUUAACAUGAACUCUAUAUGCUCACAAACUCAGUCUGGCUUGGAAGUUGAGAUGAUGAGAUUAAGGCAGGAAUUGAAGCAAACAAUGGACCUGUACACUUCAGCUUGCAAAGAAGCUUUAGCAUCUAAGAAGAGAGCAUGGGAUCUCCAAAAAAGAAAGACAGAGGAAGAGCGCAAGUUAGAGGAAGCUAAACUUGCCGAAGAGGCUGCUAUGGCCUUAGCAGACAUGGAGAGGCAAAAAAGCAAGGCUGCAAUGGAUGCAGCUUGGUUGGCACAAAGGCUAGCAGAGAUGGAGACACAGAAGAGGAAAAUGGCAGAAAUGAGAGCUAAGGAGGAGUCUAGACAAAGAAGGAAAGCAAUGGAUGAUCUGUCACACAACCAAGCUAUGUAUAGGAGAUACUCCAUUGAAGAAAUCGAAGUAGCAACAGAUCACUUUAAUAUGUCAAACAAGGUUGGGGAAGGUGGAUAUGGACCUGUUUAUAAAGGUGUGCUUAACCACACCGCAGUUGCCAUCAAGGUCUUGAGGCCAGACAUGUCACAGGGGAAGAAACAAUUCCAACAAGAGGUUGAUGUUCUAAGCUGCAUUAGGCAUCCACACAUGGUUCUCUUAGUAGGUGCCUGCCCCGAGUAUGGAUGCCUUAUAUAUGAGUACAUGGAAAACGGAAGCUUAGAAGACCGGCUCUUUCAGAAGGGUGAUACACCUCCAAUCCCAUGGACCCUCCGUUUCAAAAUAGCUGCAGAAAUUGCCACUGGCCUUCUUUUCCUUCACCAGACAAAACCAGAACCCCUUGUGCACCGUGAUCUCAAGCCGGCAAACAUUCUACUAGACCGGAACUAUGUCAGCAAGAUUGCUGAUGUAGGCUUAGCCAGGCUAGUUCCAGCAUCAGUAGCUGAUAGUGUCACUCAAUACCGCCUUACAGCAGCUGCCGGUACAUUUUGUUACAUUGACCCGGAAUAUCAGCAAACAGGAAUGUUAGGCGUAAAAUCAGACAUAUAUUCCCUGGGAAUCAUGCUGUUACAGAUCAUUACAUCAAGGCCUGCAAUAGGCUUGUCCCACAAGGUUGAGGAGUCCAUUGAAAAUGAUACAUUUGAGGAUAUACUUGACCCUGUAGUGGCAGACUGGCCUGUUGAAGAGGCUUUGUCAUUUGCAAAACUGGCUUUAAAGUGCUGUGAGCUAAGGAGAAAAGACAGACCUGAUCUCGGUUCAGUCAUCUUGCCUGAGCUGAAACGGCUAAGAGAUCUUGGGAAUAGGGAGGAAGCCAGUAACUAUGCCAUUGUUCCCAUGGAAGGCUAG